AUGGAAACUCCAGUUGAAAAUACCUCCUCAUUUGGCCUCUUUGACCUCACGUCCGGCGCAUACUCUUCUGAGUUAUCAUCACCUCCUCCUUCAUCAGACAUCAAUGAUGGUUAUGAGACAGUGGAUGAUACUGAGGAAUCUUCUGGAUUAGACAAUGAGUCCAACAACAGUCCUUCCCAACGCCGAUACUAUGUUCAAAAACAAGGCCCUCGUCGCAACCGUGGCACUAUCAGCAGGUUGCAGGAUUUCACACAAUUUAUGGCUGAAAGACGCUGGGGAAUUGAAGGUCUCAUAUCUGCCUGGGUCAGCGAUAAAUACAUUCUCUCUGCAUCACGAUAUGCAACUGGUGUAAAGCGACGGAAUGCAUUACAUCGUGCAGUAUUACGGACAAACCUUCUUCAGAAUCAUGAGAUGGUACAGCAACAACUUAAGGAAGAGCUGAGAGAACUUAUCAAAACACCAUACUUUGGCAGGUUCUCUCCAGAUUUGGAUCUUAAUACGAUGGACUUCAACUCAGCAUUUAAGGACAUGCAGGAACAGGCACCAAUCUGGUACAUGCUUCUAUCAAAGGUUCUUGUUAAUUCUCGAUCUGGACGGCAAAGUUAUACGUGGAAUGCCAACAAGUUAACUGUCAACCGGCGAAUCUUUGUUAUCCUCAGUAUAAUAUGUCAUUCUCAUGCGUUAAAGACCUCCAACUUCUUUGCUGCUUUAUUCUCGGCUUAUCUACAUGGAUCUGGUGUCAAGCGCCGAGUGGUAGAGACUCUGUCAAGCUUUGGAAUAUGCCAUAGCUAUGUGCACGGAAAUACGUUAAUGAGCCAAAUUGCCGACAUUGAAAAGACUCAUCUCUUAGCAGCCGCCUCAGACAUGCCUCAAUCACACCAUACUGCUGCUUAA